CGCGGCCGACGGGCCAACCGCCAGUGCGCGCGGCCGACGAGCUAACAGUGCGCGCGGCCGGCGCCAGCCCCACACAAGAGACAACAAAUUGGUGUCAGAAACGGUGCGCGUCACUCUCGAGGUCGCGGGGAUUCAUCUCAACGGGGAGAGGCGGGAACGGGAGAGGAGCGAGCGAGCGAUGGAUCGAGCGCGAAGGGCCUUCAGUGGCACGGGGCGCCGCUGACCGACCGACCCACCGAGCCAACGCACAGCUGUGCUUCCCUCCACCCCCUCGACCAGCCCAAGGAAAAGUACAUUUUUUUCCUCUGCCCUCUGGCCAAAUCAAAACGGAUAAUCCCAUUGAACAAGAUGAAAUGCGGCGAAGCUGAAAGUUGUGCUGGCAUUUAAAAUACCGGUGGAAGGGGUGUCGGUCAGCGCUGCGAUUGUGGUGGUGGUGGAAGAUGAUGCAGAAGCAGCUGCAACGGGAUGAGGUUUACCGUUGGUUCGGCGAGUUAAAUUCCUCACAGAGAGUGGAUUUCAUUUGCGGGUUGCUCGACCUCUGUAUCCCUCUGGAGUUGCGUUUUUUGGGCUCCUGUCUGGAGGACUUGGCCAAGAAGGACUACCAUUCUCUCAGGGAUUCCGAGAUUAAAGCGAACAACGUGGUUGACCUAGCCAGUUUAACCAACAUGACAGAUGAAGUGGUUCGCAGUAAACUCAUCGUCUCCUUGGCCUUACUCUGCUCCGAUAACAGGGAGGCAUCUGGGGUCUUGUACCGCACCCUUACUCACAUCGAUUCCAUCAUUAACAACUAUGGCCUUCAGCUUCACGACAGGACUGGCGACGAAUUCUUGCUCUUGUUUACCAUGGCUUCCAACCAUCCUUCCUUCACCUUCCAUCAGAAGCAGGUCUUGAGGCAGGAGCUGUUGGAAAUCCAGAGGAUUAUUGAUAGCACUUCCAAUAAAGAUUCUGUCCCUGUCGCGGCCACAUCGAUCACUGCAGCCAACUGGGACAGUACUUCAGCAGUCUACAAGACAGUACACAGAGCUGAAAGUGGUGUGCACUGUUUACAGAAUGCAUUGCAGAGAUCAGCACAUUCCUGUGACGAAUCCUCCCCAAAACGGUCUUCAGUCAAGCAUUCAAAAUUAAACAUUGAGAGGAUAGAUCUGAAAGGAUUGCAGCAUAAGAAGAAUGAGAAAACUGCUGACUAUUCCUUUGAGGUACUGUGGUCGGAUUCCUCAGUGACUUUUGUAACCAAAUCUAAUCGGGAACUGAAAGAAUUUCUUGCAAAGCUUCCUCAAAUGUUCCAGGAUGAGAAUUUGGAAAGUGUCAUUCCCCAAAUCAAGGACCUUGAUUUUUGCACAGAAGAGAAAACAUUUGCUGAACUGGAGCCAUAUCUCAGAUACCUGAUAUCCUUGCCGCCUCAUAUGAUCAAAAUUGACCACAUACAGAAAUUUUUCAGCACUACCACAGUUAAUCAGACCAGUCAGCAUCUGAGUGCCAAUACCAUACCAGUGAUGUUACACAAAGCUAACACAAGCAAUGGUGCAGCUGUAAGGCCAAUAUGUGGGGUGGCUAGCAUCCAGUGUUCCCAUAACACACUACAACCAUCAGUUUCUGUUUCUCCUUCUUGCCCACAAUCAGUCAGUGGAUGCUCAGCAUCAGUCACUUGUCCUCAACCUGAGAACAUCAAUCCACAAAAUCCAGAACAAAUGGGAAUUCUUGAAUGGCUUAAGAAGUUACGAUUACACAAGUAUUAUCCUGUUUUUAAACAACUCACAAUGAAUAAGUUUCUCAGUCUUACUGAAGAUGAUCUGAACAAAUUUGAAACACUCACGUUAGGAGCAAAGAAAAAAUUGAAGAUGCAGUUAGAACUUGAAAAAGAGAAAUCUGAGAGAAGAAAUAUUAACAGCGUGGGUCAGUCACCAGUUCCUAGUGCUGGAAUUGCAAGGGUGACACCAACAAGUCAUUUUGGUCCUAUUCAUUCCAUUCGUUGCAACCCUGCUGCAGAAAUCCGGGUGGAGGUAGAACAGCACCGUCGUACAGCAACAAAAGAUAGCGGAUCUUCCUCUGAAUAUUCAAGUUCACCAUCAAGUCCCAUAGCAAUCCAGGGAAGAGAGGAGAGUUCAGAUAGUGCAGAUGAAAAUGACAGAAGUGCAGAGACUGUUUUGGAUAUUCAAAUAAGGGAGAAACCAGCGAUGUUAUCAAGUCAACUGAGCAACCUGAACACUGGGCCAUGGAGGCCCACAGCACAAGUCUCUCCAGUACAAAAUGAAACUGGAUUAGCCCAUCCAAGUCAUGUAUCUUCAGCCAUUUCCACAGUGCAGAUGAUGCCAGUGAUUUCUUCAAACAUUGCCCCCAGCCGAAUGCUGAAUUCAGUACGCAAGUCAGAAAGAAGUAGCUUUGAUAUAAAGCCAAUAACAGGCAUAUCUUCUCCAAUCCACACAAGUCAAACUGUUGACCUUGGAAGCAAACUUCACGAAGGACCUACCAAUAGCAUCAAAGUGGAAAAAAAGUUUGGCUCUCUUGGAGCUAUGGUUAUAGAUGUAAUGCCAACUUCUCCAGUUCAAGCUUCCCAAAGAUCAACAAUUGUGUCAGAAAAUAAUGGGAUUUCAUCCAAUGUGGUCAACUUUGGAAUUAGGACUAAAGAUGGACCUCCUUCCUCCAUGGAUAAUCCAUCCAAAACAACUCCAUUAUCAGCACUGAGAAUGGACACCUGUUCUUCCACUCCUGCACCAUGUAACUCUGCAUACAACAUUUCUCAGUCGCAGAUGAAACUUCUGGUCUCUUCCCCCAUUCCUACAGAACCAUUGUUGGUGGGACAGACUGCCUAUAAUAGUGUUGUACAAGUGAAAAGCGUCUCACCUGCUGUAAUAAGUUCAAGAACAGUUCCUUAUUCAGCAAACACCAAAGUUGCCUUUUCAACAAUUCAGUGUUCACCUGUAACUUCCAUUUCUGGCACUUUCUGCACGAACAACAAUAAUGCACCUGCCAAUAGCCACACCUCGGUGUCCUUCACAAACGUUGCAAGUAUGCCAAAUUGUCCUAUCUCUAGUUCCAGUCCGACCCUCUCCUCUGUGGCUAAAAACAGUUACAUUAACAGCAAUAAUGGUAAUGGAGGCUCAGGAAUAAAUAUCCCAUUGCAACAGCAACAGCAAACUGGGUGCAACGUGUGUAGUUCAUGUGGCUGCAGCGGAAACUGCGGCUCCAAUCCUUUGACAAUUAACUAUGCUAAUUACUUCCAAAGCCCAUUUUCAGGGCAUUCAGUGCUAACUUUUCCAAUUUUUCCAUUCAAUCCUUUAUGUAACAAUGGUUACAUCAGCACCCAAUAUAAUAACAACACUGCUUUCCCCUAUCCCAUUGUUCCAACCCCUGGCUACAAUACUGGAAUAACUCCCGAUUCCAUCAUUAGUGGACCAUCAAACUUUGUCAUGCCUCCCAUGCAGAAUUUCCUGGGUGGUACAACUGCAGUAUAUCAGACACAACACAUACUAGGAAGCACAAAUGGAUCUGGAUAUAAAAAGAAUGGACAUAUUUCAUGCUACAACUGUGGGGCUAAUGGGCAUCGAGCUCAGGACUGCAAACAGCCAGCAAUGGAUUCCAAUCAGCAAGGUACUUUUAGACUGAAGUAUGCACCUCCAUCUGAAAGUAUGGAUUCAGCAGACUAAUAGUCGGAAAUGCACAUUGAUAUGAAUCACAGUGUGCCAUUGAGUAAAAUAAUAGCAGGUACAAGGGAAGAUUCAAAGAUGUUCAAUGGAUAUCUUGUCCUGCAAAAUUAAUUUCCUGCUUUUUUUUAAAUCCAAAGGUGCUUUUUAAAAAUAUCUUAUAUGUGGGUAUAAACUACACUGUGCAUGCACUAGCUGUAAAUAUAAGUAUGAUGGAAUUUUAAAAAGUAAUGACAAAUGGGAAUCAGUGUGUUUAGCAAAUAUUGUGCACUGAUAUUGCACAAGGAAAGUUAACUGUUACAUAACUAUGGCUGUUUCUAGGAACUAACACCUAACAGAGAAAUCUUCGAGAGCACCAAUUUUUCUUUUGAUAGCCAAUACUGUACAGCUUCAUAGGAAUAUGAAAAAUAAAGCUGUGUUGGCUAUUGGAGAUGGGUUGAGGGAGCGGGGGGGGGGGGGGGGGGGGGGGGGGGUGCGAUGAGUGACGAGAAAAGCAAAGAACUCUGUUUCAAAUUAUUCAUAGUUAUAUUUACAAUGCAAUAAUGAUGGAGCAUGGCAGUCAGCAAAACAUUCUCAUCUGAUCAUCGAGAGAGAAGAAAUUUGGAAGAAGAAUGCUGAAAGCACAGAAGAACUCUUCAGUCUCCUGGAAGUUGCCGAACAUAAAUGUGACAGGGUUGGAAACGUAUCUGUUUUUGUAAGGUUCUUCAACUUGUAUAUUUUUAAUAGAGAGACCUUUACAUGUAAAAUGAUACAAAAAUAUUUUUUGUAAAAUUAGUUGUUUUGUAGAAUUAUGGUGUCAAGUUCUCCUGAAUCAAUUUGUCAUGUUUACAAGUGUUUGUACCUGUGUGUGUGUGCGUGCGUGCGUGUGUGCGUGCGAGAGGCAUGCAUGCGUGCAGCAUGUAUGUUAGUCAGUCACAACUGAUGUAGAAGAAUCUUUACAUAUGUUAGCAUUAUGAGUAUAUUGAAUUGGUUUUGCAAUUUAUAGUUUUAAUGAACUUACAUAACACACUAAAUCAGCAAAAUCAGUUGACUCUUUUGUAUGAGAAGGUACCUGUCAUUUUGUCAUCAUCUGGUAUACAAGAGUUGGUGUUUUGCUAUCACCCAUACAAAGGAAAUGUUGGUCCAUUCAGAUAAAAGUUCCAAAAAUGUUGCUUCAAUCAGAAAUAAGUCCAAGUGCUUUUCCAUCCCAGAUUUGUAAAUACAGAUCUGUAUGAGCUGGAAGCAGAAGAUGUUAUUUACAGUGGCUCAUUCUCUUAUCUCUACGCAAAUGAGAAGCUCUCCACAGAGUUGAACAUACACUGCAGUACUGCAUGUGAUUAAAUACAUUUUGAAAAAACAGCAUGUUAAGAUGUUUGAUGCAACAAAUAGUAUUUAUGCUUUAUAGGGAGAACUUGGAGAUUUAACAUUUGAAGCUAUAUUUGUUCCUAUGUAUUAUUAUAUUGCUCAACCCAUAAGAAGUCAAUAUAGGAAUAAAGUUAGAAUUAUUGAUUUGCACCGUUAUUACUUUCCUUAAAUAACUUGAAAUCAAGAGUUAGUUUCUAAAUAAAUAUGAUUACAGUAUUAUGGGUUUGCAUUCUACAAUAUAAUGUUUGUGAUCGAAUAGUUCUGGGUAAGUUUAUUGGUGCACCCAUCACUUUUUACUAGAGAUAGCAAGAGCAUUAUUUGAAAGCUAAUGCACUGGAAGUGACUUUUAAGUAAAAACUCUACUCAUUAUCAACAGUCCUAAUUAUUGGUUAAUAAAAUUUUAUUUUGGUCAUUUCUGUGAUUCCAAGGCUUAGUAAAUCAUUUUCAAGUGUGAACCUUCAUAUUAAAUGAUUCCAGUAUAACACUUCUGAAGUCAGAACAUAAUUUCACAGGAUAAUUAUAGUUCUAACAAUAUGUAACUUGAUAUUUCAAAAUUCCCUUGAAUUUAUUACCAUCUGUAACAAUCCUUCCAUCAAGUGUUUUUAAAGACCAAAGUUGUAUAUCUCUCAAACGCUUUGGAUAUUCCAUAUUAAAAAUCAAAUGAUUUGAUUCGACCAA